UCACAACAUGAGUGGGAUUAUUAUCCCAGGGAAGCACCACAGAGAUCUGCGCCGAUUUGCUUUGAGUUUGGGGAACCUGGCCACUAUCGUAAUCAAUGUCGGAGGUUGAUGGGAGAAGGAAGUACACAUGGGAUUCGAGGUAGGUCAUCUUCCCCGGCGCAUCACGUACGUUUCGAAGGAAAAAGAUCCUCCUCUGAAGACCCGGCUGUACGACGCCAGAUUGAGGAACUAACUAGUUCCCUGGCCUCCAUGCAAGAAUUUAUCGCCGCAGAAAACGCGAGGCGCGAAGAGAAGGAGAGACGCAAGCAGGAAAAAGCGGAACGGGAGAAGAAAGAGGAGGAAGAACGGAUGAGGAGAGAAGGUGAACUGCAUAAGAAAGAAGAAGCCGAUGAGCGUGAGCGCUUAGAGGCUGAUCGGCGGCAGAAGAAACAGGAGCUUAAAGCGCAACAAGACGCUAAAGAACGAAUGAGGAAGGAUAUGCUGAUGCAUCUUUCGAUGCAUGUGGGCGGAUUGGAGGAGAGAUUGCAAUCUCGUUUAACGAAAGUGUUCAAGGAAAUUGGAAAGGGUAAGGCCAAGAUACCGGAGAGUGCAGCCUCUGAAUCCUCUUGUGAAGAUACCCAGGACUCAGAAGACAAUGACGUUGAAGCGUUAAGCAACCGAGCUGGCAGACUAACAAUCAAUGAAAAGCGGAAGAGGGGAGAAGAUAAGCCUGUUGAAGAUAGUCCCCCAAUGGAGACACCCGCCAAGCGCUCUAAUAGGCGGAUGGCAGCCGAACCAGUUAAGCUCUCCGAGCGACUGCAAUUGAGCUGCAAGAGGCAACCUAUGAAGUUGACUCCUAAGCGAAGGAYCCCAAGACAGGCGGGCGGCACGAGGAAGAAAAUCCCUGCAACUUGCGGAGGAUUGGGGAGACUSAARUACGUCACCGACAUUCUGCGAGAGCUAGCAGAAUGUACCRUGGACRARCUCAAGAAGAUUUGUAAAACCGAAGAUGUGCAAUGUGAAGGGAAGAAGAUGCAGGCCAUAUUGGCCAUCACUGAUAAGCGUACGCAAGUGGCGUACGGGUCAGAUGAAGAGCAGGAGGAGUUCGAAAAACCUUCGGAUGAACCAGGYGAGGCCGCUGGAGCGGAGGGUAAURUUACGGACGACGUGUGGCGCGAGACCUUUGUCGAUCUGUCUGUGUGCUUGGCCCGAGUGGAGGUGACGUGGACACGGACCUGUGAGCAUCCUGCGUGUAUGGAGUACCUGGAGCUGUUGAUCCUGCAGGCUUGGAGAACGGACGUGGAGGGUGAUCUUCUCGGUUUUCUCUUCGGAUCGAUGCGGCCGGACCAUCGCCAACCGAUUACUCAAGAACUCGUCGUCUCGCUCGUACAACUGAGUGACGAUCUCUCCCUCGACAUCGUUUCGCAAAGUGAUGACAGCCCCGUUCCGCACGUCAUCACGCGGACAUUAGCACCGUAUCUUCAGUGGACUGCUUGCUUGGAAGAACUCGGGAGUGACAGCACUUUGCCAUCGCGGCAGGAGUACUUGAAGCCGUACGGGAUCAUCUAUCGCGCCUUCUAUCCGAAGGAAGAGCCUGAGAAGGCGUUUGAAGGAGAAGAGGAAGCCACUGAAGCAGAGCGCGACGCCGACGAAGAAACGUCGGAGGAGGGAAGUUAUAGUGAGUACAACGAAGGGGAGCAGAGUGAACAAGAGGAGGUAGAAGAAGAAGAAGACGAAGAGGAGGAAGUCGGAUCGGAGUGGGAGGACUUGCCGGAAGAAGCGGCGCGCACAGGCACGGAAGCGGAAGAUCCAGAAGGAGCACGUAGAAGGGAAGAGAUCGCCGCCGGGAAAAACCAGCUGGAGAUCGCCAGCGGGGCGAGCCUGUGCAUCAACGACGACCCAACCAGGGAUCUAGAGCCCCCCGAGCCCGAAGAUGGCGGAUCAGCAACCGCGGCUCCGAGCACAUCGUGACGGAGACGGAGUCGAUCCCCCUCCCCCUCCACCCCAACCCGUCCCCCAGUUCGUCCACGUA